CGCCCGCGCACCACCGAGACGGCUUCCGGGAGGGGCGGGAGCGCCGCUUCCGGCGGCGGGAGAAGCACUUCCGCCGGGGCGGCUUGAGAAAGUGGGAACCUGGAGCGGCGGCGCGGGGCAGCGGAGAAGCAGUGAGAGCCGACAGUGGUGCCUUGUUCCUGAGCACAGAGGGUGAGAGCUCAGUUCUGACCUUUGGGUGUGACGUUAGUCCAGGCUUAUCCAGGUCGGCUGCUCCUCAGCACUUACCUUUCCCCAGAGGGGGCCCACACGUCUCCCUGCAGGCCUGCUGUUCCCAUGGAUGUCACCCAGGCUGGAGGUCCCAGAUCAGGGUUCUGGCGAUGACCCACUUCCUGGCUCAUAGACGGCCGCCUGAGAGAGGAGGAGAGGAGCCAGUGACCUUCGAGGAGGUGGCCAUACAUUUCUCAAGGGAAGAGUGGCAGUGUCUGAACCCCAGCCAGAGGGCCCUCUACCGGGACGUGAUGCUGGACAAUUUUGGGAGCUUGGCCGCACUGGGAUUUCUUGGCCCCAGACCAGACCUCGUCUCUCGCCUGGAACAGUGGGAUGAGCCGUGGGUUGAGGAGCAGGAGAGACCCGAGUUUCAGGAAGCACGGAGGGGUCCCCAUUGUCCCACUUCUCAGCUCUCAGAUUCUCUCAGAAGUGAGAUCAAGCAGAUGUGUGAGAAUGAGACACGCUGGGAAGACACUGGGUUGUGUGGAGCCCCAGGAUGGAGAGGGUCUUGGGUACCUGGCUGGAGGGGAGCUUAUGGCCUGGAGGGAGCAAGGAAGUCCCUUUGUCAGAAGAGACACGGUAAUCAGCCGUUGGCAACGCACGAGGAAGUGCACGAGCCCGAGAGAGCCAAGGCAGGCGCUGGCUUUGGGAAGAGCUUCCUUCUGGACUUGGAUGGCGUACAGCGUCGCGGCGGGGCGGCUCUGCAGCGUGGGGCGUGCGGGGCGUGUGGGUUGUGCUGCAGGCGGCAGCCAGGCCUCCGUGAGCACCGGGAGCGUCCCGCCGAGGAGCAGCCAUUUAUCUGUGACACGUGUGGGAAAGUCCUGAGCUGUCACAGCCGGCUCACUGCUCACCAGACCGUCCACACGGGAACCAAGUCCUUCGUGUGUUUUGAAUGCGGCCAGACCUUCAGGUGGGUCUCCAACCUUGUGCGACACCAGAGAAACCACACCAGCGAGAAGCCCUUCAGCUGUGAGGUGUGCGGACAGGCCUUCAGCCUGAAGGACCGCCUCGCCCAGCAUCGCAAGGUCCACACGGAGCACAAACCCUACCCGUGUGCGGACUGUGGGAAGGCCUUCAAGCAGAAGUCGAACCUUCUCCGGCAUCAGCUGGUGCACAGCGGGGAGAGGCCUUUCUGCUGCGCGGACUGCGGGAAGGCCUUCCGCACCAAGGAGAACCUCACCCACCACCAGAGGAUCCACAGCGGGGAGAAGCCCUACAUGUGCGCCCAGUGCGGCAAGGCCUUCCGGUGGCCCAAGGGCUUCAGCAUCCACCAGAGACUGCACCUGACCAGGAGGGCCUACGAGUGCGAGCGCUGCGGGAAAGGCUUCCGCCACCUGGGCUUCUUCACGCGGCAUCAGAGAACCCACGGGAGGGGGGAGGUGUAGGAGCGCCCACGGCGCAUGUCUGCGUCUGUGGGCCCUGCAGGAGGCUGUCAGUUCUGACUUAACAAGGCGGGAAGAAGCCGUCUAGGUCCCGGCCUCUCAGGAAAGCCACAGUCAGAGCUCCAGCUCUCCCGAGCAGCUCCCCGGGAACACCGCCUGGAGAAGCGGGUCUGAGGGGCACACCAGGGAGGAGCAGGCGCUUGGGUGGGUCUCGGGCUCGUACCCCUACCCCAUCCCAGCCCCAAGGGCUGCUCAGUGCAACUUUAACUUUCUUACCUUCCUGCCUCUUUCUUGCUACCUUCCUUGUCCGGUCUUUUUCAACUUGCAUCCCAUUUCCGUGUCUUAAGAAAGGCAGCUGUGGGUUUUGCACAGAAGUACAGCCCUUCCUGCAGCCUCUACAGGUGUGACUUAGAAAGGGGCACCUUUGUAAUGUCUUGAGCUUGUCAGAGGAUUAUAGAGAGACCUCCUUUGGUGGUUGGCCAGAACUCAGGACCAGAGUUGUGGUUAGCAGGUCUGCGUGAGGACAGGGCAUCCAUCUGGUGCCUGCUUGGGCCCGUGUGUCCUCACAAGUGUGUUAGAACCCGUCCUGACAGCACUGCUACUCUAGCUCAUCUCUCCAACCUAGGUUAACUCAUGGGUCUAGGUCUUUGGUAAAACAGCACUGCGUCUUGCUUUGUGUGUGUGUUUAUAUUUGUGAACACGUGCAAUUCAGGAAAGCUUUUCUCCCGGUAUUAUGUGACCAGAUGCUUGCGGAUCUGUCGGAGACGCCAUAUGGGUCUGCACAGUCCUUUCAUUCCAGACCCAGCCCUUUGCUCCCAAGAUCACAGCUGAGUCUGUUCACCCGGUGAGGUCGAGCAGUUGGAGCUUCUGGUACUCCGGUAGUGACUAUCUGUCGGACCCUGUGAUGAGUGUGGGAACACGUGGUGAGGAAGGGGGCGGGAGGGCCUGGUUUGGCCCAUGAGACCUGGGUGGGUCUCACCAGACCUGAGUCCGCGUGUGGAUGCAUCACCGAGAUGACUCCCAGCCUGUGAUGGCUCUGCUCAGCCCCAGCCCUCUGCUUUUAAGAUCUUUCUUUCAGUGAAUAAGACCCCCACAGCCACUACCACAUGUUGUGGGCUUUAUGGUUACCAGGGCAACUGCAGGUGCCAUGGCACUGGGGGUGGUGCCGCAGAGCUGAUCAGGUCAGGGGUGGUCGACUGCUCACCAAGGUGACCACCACCACAGAACUCUUCCCACAGCCCUGUCAGGAGAGCCUUGGGAGCUGGUCCUGCACCUUGAAUUGGUGAAUCAAGUCGGGUCUUAGAGCAGUAAGGGGUGGCCGUGUUCACGACGGGG